GUUUUGACUUUUGUUGCGGUUUGUGAUUACAUUUUUUGAAAGUUGAAACUGAAAAUGAGUGAUUUUCAUGUUGUAAUGGUUUUAUUUUACGUUUAGUUUUUAAUUUUGACGAAUUAUUCAUGAAUUAUUGUGGGAGAAUUUCUCCUUCAACCUUGCCUUACUAAUCUGACUACCAUGAGUGAAUUGCUGGGUAAAAUUCUUUGUAACGAAAUCACUGUAGAAGAAGUGAUUUGGUGGCUGUCGGCGAACCACGUAAAAGUGUUGAAAUGUGGAACAAAUCAACUAGACUUCUCUCGAUUCUUGAUUGAAUUUUUACGUGAACAUACCUGCCAAUUACUACCAGUACCUGAACCGCAAAAUGCCGAAACACCAAAUACUACGAAGACUGAAACACCUAACGCUUCUAGUAAUGAUAAAUACCCGUUACUAGUCAAAAGUGCUGAUUCUAGUUUCGCUAGUCCGUUUAGUGAGAAAUCAUUUCCUUCCUUAAAAAGCCCCUCUUCUUGUAUUAAUUCUCCUGGUGAGGAUAGAUUUAAAUCAACGACUAAAACUCCAGUUCAAUCUCCUUUUACUGAAAGAUCCUUCAAUACUCCUAGAUCCGAUGACAAAAGAUCUCCCAAUAAUGUGAAAUUAAAUAAUACUCCAUCUCCUAAACCGUUACAAUUAGGAGACUUUUUAGUAAUUAAAAGAAAAACUCCUAAAAUUAAAGUUAAAAAGCACAUUCAACCAAUUUCACCGGCUACUGAAAAUAACACCGAGUCUGCUGUUGAUGAUAAUGUUGCUGUUCGUGAUGCUAAAAAUCAGGUUUCUGAAACGAACAAGGCGAAGAUUAAACCAGAACAUGAAGCUUUGAUCGAAAAGCUCGCUUUACUGUAUUCGGCCACUAUCAGUUCGAAUUUAGUGCAAGAUUUAUUGAAGGAGUUGAACUACGUGAUGUCUUUAUUGACCAAUAAUUCUGAAUUUGACUCGAACGUUACAUGCUGUUGUAGUAAAACUGAGAUACCUCUCAUGUUCACGUCAAAUGCCAAAGAAAUAUGUCUAUUUAAACGUUACUACGAGGGAAUUUACUUCGCCUGUGUAGUAUUAGAAAAUCAGUGGAGCUUAUUGAAGUAUCUCAAUAAAGCAACGUUAACAAUAAUAUCGGAAAAUGAUUCCAUUCGAGCAUAUUCGCCUCAUCUGAGCCAGAAAAUUAUUUCAUUUAUGAACGAAAACAAACUGGACUCCAGGAACGUCAACGUAUUAAACCGAGAGAUCCUCGGUGACACUGUGAAAUUCAUGUUCGAUACAGAUUCGCGUCCAAACUACGUAAACAAUGAAUCUUUUUACGCUUUUAAGAAGCAACGUGACGAAUUCUACGGUUUAUUACACGAGUGGGAAGAAAGCUGUCAGCAGCAGCCUUCCGCUGAGUUUUUCAAAGCCAAGUAUAAAAGAUUGAGAUCCAUUUUUACCAUCAGUUCGGCCAUUACCAAUAUGUCCAGAUUGGCUGAUUUAUUCGUGUCACAAAUUUUGGCUUCGGUUUUCAACGAAAAUUCGGAAACCGGAGAAGGAACGCCAAUGACUAAAUUUGAUUUACUGACUAGAAGAUUCGUUAUGCCGUGUUCAAUCGUCGUCGGAAACGAAAAACGAUUUCCUGGAGUGCAGGAAUUUUUCAAAGAUUUUCUACGGUCAGCUGAGAAUUCAUUCUUCUACACUCACGUUCAAAAUGCACUCGUUCAUCGGAUAAUUUCUCUGGAUAACUUUGAAUUUUCGUGUGAAGUUUCUGUCAAUUUGCAAAAACAAGAAUUAUUUUUGAACUGCAUCAAUAAAUUAUGCCUUCUGGCUAAAUUUCUAUCUUUGAUUACUUUCCUGCCAUAUCAAGACGAAUAUGAAUUACCGUUGCAUUUUCGAUUACCACUGACUGAAGUGAGAAAAGAAAUUCAACCACCUUUGGACUUGAACGGUUGCCUGAUGGAAUCAAUGAAGAAAGGUAGAAUGAUUCUAACGAUACCCUGGAUCGUUGAAUUUCUCAACGGUAUCGAUACAACGUCCAUAUUACUGCCAUACUAUAAAACAAUUUUUGCCAAGUUGCAAUACCUUCUGUAUAAAUUGAAGUUGCCUUUGAGUGAAACUCUAGUCCAUGAAGGGAUCUCGUUGCUCUAUUCGGAGGAUGCCAAAGACGAUAAAAAUAAAAAAGAACUCAGAACCGUUCGUGCUACCGAAAUUAGCAGCUUGGUUAAAGAAAAACGCCUCGAAAUUAGCGAACGAUUUGUCGGCGAAUGUCUUCGAACUAUCAAUUGUUCGCAAAUUUUGAUUACAUUAUACGUGAAUUCUUUAUUUAAUAAUGUGCCUAUUUCUACGAUUAUUACCUCGGAAGAUAUUUCUACUAUUGAAGAGAAGCCUGUUUUAAUCAGUAGCGAAUUCUAUAUCGACGAGACUGCUUUGUAUCAAUGCUGUCCUCAGCUAUACGAAUUGAAAAAUUUACUCGAAGGAGGCAAACGAUUAUCAUAUAAGUCAGUUAUUCCCAAGAUGGAGAAGACGUUUUGCGAACAAGAGAGCGAUCCUAAAGCUGUCGAUGUUCUAUUAGAAAUGCAUCUGUUCGAUAACAUGCCAAAAUGUGUGAAAAAUUCAGUCGAAUUUGUAGCCGAAAGAAUCGCCUCGCUUUGUGUGAAAUCAAUUCGUCAAGAAAUGAUACCAUCUUUAAAAAAUGAAAUUAAUAACGAAUUGCAAAAAUUACGAGACGAGAAACGAGUUUAUAAAGAAGAAGCCAUAAUGGACCACAUGAUGGCGAAAUUCUACAGUAUCUUAAGAAGUGGCGUUAAAAAAGAACUCUCAAAGUUCUAUCCGAAUAUCGAAAUGUCAGUCAAAGCUUUAAUCGAAACCGAAGUUGCCGAUGAACAAGUGAUCAACAUUUGUAUCGAUAUUUCUUGUCGUAAAUGUAUUGAGAUUGUCUACAAUUGGAUUUUCAACUACAUCAACGUCGAUGAAAUAAUCAGGAAGAAUGAAAGCAUCAAAGCGGAGUUGGCUAGAUUGAAAAUGACCGAGGCUCAGCUAGCGAACGAGAAAAAAUCCAAGAAGAGUAAAAGCGACGUGCAAAGGGCUGAAUUUCAAGAAUGGAUGAGUAAGGAGCGAGGUCAAUUGAAGGAAAAUUCAUCAGAGAUAUCGACCACUGUUCAAGUGUUACAUAUUUUAAGAAAUUUAGUUCGAACAGUUUUAAGUAAUUAUUAUGAUCUCCCCGUCACCUUCGAAGAAGUGGACGAUGCUCUGAAGGAAUGUUAUAAUUGUAUUAAGUAUUCGCCGGAUUUACAAUUCGUUUCUUUCCGAAGAAUGAUGAUGCUGACGAUAGAAUUAUGUCAAUUGUUAGUUUUCUUCAACCCAGAAAUAAUUACCACAGAAUUACUAACAAAAUUCAAAUCAGUAUGGGAACUCCAGAAAGUUUGCAGUUUACGUCUUCCCUUCGAACACGUUCUCAGUUACCGAAAUAUGGAUUAUUUUUGCUCGUUUUAUAUGGAUAAGUCACAAUGCGUUUGUAUCAGAAACGCCAUCAGGGAAUUUUUAAUUUUCACCAUUAAUCACGAAUUUUUAUCAGUGAAAAAGUUACUUUCACAAGUUUUAAGAUUGGGACGUCACGAAUGGCCCAAUGAAAUUUUAACCCAUUUAUCGACUUGUUUGAGCCAAGUCAUGGAUCAAGUUCAAAAAGGCCAAGAAAAAAUAAAAUCAGCUAUACAAUGGAUCGCGGAAUUUUUGCACGAAGAUGAUUGGAUGUAAUCAUUGGAUCUCGAUAGAUUUCUCUUUGACUUUUAUAUAUUUUGUAUUGUUUUUAAUUCUCGAUGUGAUAAAUGUGUGUUCUAAGUAGACGAUUCGUGUUUUAUAUUUGUGUAUUUUAACGAAGAUGUUUGAAAUUUUUACCUAAAAAUUUCUUAUUUUUAUUUAUUUAUUUUUUAAAAAAUUUUGUAUGGCCGUAUUCAGACUAUUCGAUGUUACGAUGUGACACGAAUUAUCGUAUUUUGACUAUUAAAAUUUUCUUCGUGUUUGACUAUUUAA